AUGGUUUUGAAUUGGAAGCAGUCCAUUAUGAAACAACCCCUGUUUUACAAAAACUUGUUACUGCUUGCUACUCACAUUGUUUUUCUCCUAUGUAUACAUGAUCACCUCCUCUCAUAUGAGUCAUCACCCCUAUUAUAAUCUCUCUCUCUCUCUCUCUGUCUCUCUCUCUCUCUCUCAAUAUACAUAUAUAUCUAAACGAGACUUUAUUUGUUUACUUUUUUGACUCCAACGUCUUGAAGUUCAGACACUCCUAGUUUGGAAGUUUCAGCUCAUGCUCCCAAAGGAGUAGUGGCGGAGUACUUAAAGCCUUCUGUCGGGUAGAUUCCUUACUCAGAAGGUUUGUGGUGUCACAUCACUUUUAGCUCAAUCUCUCGCCACUUUGAUCUUCAUCAUUUUGAUCACUGAAGCGUAAUGGCGACAAAGAGGAGUGUUGGAGAUCUGAAGGAAGGUGAUUUGAAGGGUAAGAAGGUGUUUGUGAGGGUUGAUGUGAGCGUUCCUUUCGACCACAAUCUCAACAUCACCGAUGAUACCAGAAUCCGAGCUACUGUUCCCACCCUCAAGUACUUGAUGGGUCACGGUGCUAAAGUCAUCCUCUCUUCUCAUCUGGGGCGCCCAAAGGGUGUCACACCAAAGUACAGCUUGAAGCCUCUUGUGCCAAGGCUGUCUGAACUCCUUGGAGUUGAGGUCAAGAUGGCAAAUGACUGUAUUGGUAAAGAAGUUGAAAAAAUGGUGGGUGAAAUUCCUGAAGGGGGUGUUCUGCUUCUGGAGAACGUGAGAUUCUACAAAGAGGAAGAGAAGAAUGAUCCAGAAUUUGCAAAGAAGCUAGCAUCCCUUGCAGAUCUCUAUGUUAACGAUGCAUUUGGCAUUGCUCAUAGAGCCCAUGCUUCCACAGAAGGAGUGGCCAAAUACUUGAAGCCUUCUGUUGCUGGAAUCCUUAUGCAGAAGGAACUUGAGUAUCUAGUUGGAGCUGUGGCAAAUCCCAAGAGGCCAUUUGCUGCAAUUGUCGGUGGCUCUAAGUUAUCAUCCAAGUUUGGUGUGAUUGAUUCAUUAUUGGGGAAGGUUGACACCCUCUUGUUGGGUGGCGGGAUGAUAUUUACCUUCUACAAGGCCCAAGGGCACAAAGUUGGAUCAUCACUUGUGGAGGAAGACAAGCUUGAUCUUGCAACAUCACUCCUGGAGAAGGCCAAGUCCAAAGGGGUGUCUCUACUGCUUCCUUCUGAUGUGGUUAUUGCCGACAAGUUUGCUCCUGAUGCCAACAGCAGGGUUGUCCCAGUAUCUGGUAUCCCUGAUGGAUGGAUGGGAUUGGAUAUUGGUCCUGAUUCUGUCAAAACAUUCAGUGAAUCUUUGGAUACUGCAAAAACCAUCAUCUGGAAUGGACCUAUGGGUGUGUUCGAGUUUGAGGAGUUUGCAGUUGGAACAGAGGUUGUCACACCAAAGUACAGCUUGCCACCCCUUGCUCAAUUUGGCAAGAGAAUCAGUCUGAACGAGCACGUUGUGGCCAAAGUGGAAGAAAUCAGUCUGAAUGAGCACAUGGUGGCCAAAAUAGAAGAAUGUUCCGGUGUUGAAGAGCAAGAAAGCAGCGGAAAAAGAAAAGAAAAGGCAGACAGUCAACCCAAACAGCAGCCUGUUACUGAACAACAGGCUGCCAAAUUCUUUACGAUCUUGGAAAGUAUUGAGUGCUUCAGCAAGAUAGACAACCAAAUCCCUCUAGUCAAUCUGCUCCUCUGCCCAGAGAGACUACACUUUAAAUGGUUCAUGGAAGUACUGAACCAGGCAUCCGUCCCAAGCAAUUUAACAACUGAACAAUUGGUAAAGGUUGCGCGCCAGGCAUUGGCUUACAAUAUGAUCACUUUCCAUGACAACGAACUCAUCAUUGGUGGAGCUGACCAUAAUCACAGCCUCCAUAUAACAGUACAAUUCAAUGAAAUGUCAAUAGAUAAGGUAGCUAUUGACAAUGGUUCUGGAUAUGAUAUUUGUCCGUUGGGGAUGCUUACAAAGAUAGGCAUGAAGAAACACAUUCGCUAUGGAAGAAAGUUGGUGGGUGGGUAUGACGGAGCUCAUCGCGAGACGCUUGGCCAAAUUCAACUCUCUCUCGCAAUUGGCGGCAUCACCUUUCCUAUCAAUUUUGAAAUAUUCCACCGUAUUUCCCCAUUGCAUAACCUCAUUCUAGGGCGGCCUUGGAUCCAUAAUGCUGGGGCAGUCCCCUCAAGUCUCCAUCAAAGCGUCAAGUUUGUUUCCAACCACGACUCAGUCAUAGUCUAUGGGGACAAAAUUAGCUCUGCAGUGCGCUCGCCACCUGGUUUUUUUGUCAACACUAUCAGUGAGCCCUCAUCUUACCAGACAUUUGGAACAGCAAUGGCUUCGCAUGUGCCUGAAGGAAGCCAAUCUCGUCCUCAACCAAGGUUCUCGAAUAACACUCACCAAAUGCCUUGGAACUAUAUCUUUAAAAGGAUCACUGAUCAAUCUGGUAAGAGAAUCACUCUUUGUGACCAGGUUGUGGCCACAGUAGAAGAAUCAGGGUACGAACACAAUCAACCCAUACAAGUUGUGACCACUGAACAAGAGCCUGUCAAAUUCUUUAAGAUCUCGAAAAGGAGCGAGUUUAAAGUGGAAACGAACCUCAGCAAGAUGCCGAACCAAACCUCUCUACUCGUCCUGCUCCUCACCUCAAACACACACCUUAAUUGUUUCUUGGAAGUACUGAAGGAGGCUCACGUCCCAAGCAAUUUCACAGCUAAACAAUUGAAAAAGAUGAUGGGGAAUGCACUUGCUUACAAUACGAUCACUUUCCCUGACAAUGAACUGCUGGUUGAUGGAAAUAAGCAUAAUUAUGCCCUGCAUGUGACAGUGCAGUUCAAUGGAAAGGAUAUAGAUUCGGUACUUAUCGAUAAUGGGUCUGCUUUUAAUAUUUGUCCACGGGAGACCCUUAAACAGAUUGGAAUGGAGAAACAACUUCAACGCAGCAGUGUGACGGCGGGUGCUUUUGAUGGAGAUAAACUCCGGGCGGUUGGCCAAAUCGAACUCCCUCUUACAAUAGGUCCCACCACAUUUCCUGUUAAAUUCCAAGUAUUUGACAUUUGUACCGAAUACCAACUCCUCCUAGGACGGCCUUGGAUCCAUAAUGCUCGGGCAGUGCCCUCAAGUCUCCAUCAAAGUGUCAAGUUCGUUUCCAACGACGACUUGGUUACAGUCUAUGCCGAAGAAAGCUUUGUAGUGCGCUCAUCACCUGGGCUUGGAGUCAACACCGUCAUUUGGAAUGGACCUAUGGGUGUGUUCGAUUUUGCAUCUGGAACAGAGGCUAUUGCAAAGAAGUUGGCAGAGCUUAGUGGCAAAGGGGUGACAACAAUUGUUGGAGGAGGCGACUCUGUUGCGGCUGUUGAGACGGUUGGGCUUGCAGACAAGAUGAGCCACAUCUCAACCGGCGGUGCUGCCAGCUUGGAGCUCCUUCAGGGCAAACCACUCCCCGGAGUUCUUGCCCUCGAUGAUGCUUGAUCCAAGUUUUGUCCUUCCAUCUAUUUGCUUAAUUUUGUCUGGAAUUUUAAUCAGACUGAUCAUGGACGUGUUUAUUUAUAUGGAUUGAUGGAUCUGAAAUAUUCUCUAUUAUGGAACAAUAGUGUUAAUAAUGUUGGGGCUCAGCUCAUUUAUAGAU